AUGAGAACCUUAGAGGUGUGGAUUUUUAACAUUUAUUUACUAAAGAACUAAUUCUAAUUCAAGCAAGUAAAGCGUUUUAUUUUGUUUGUUAAAGAUAAAUUUUAUUAGGAUUAAUGUAUUGAAUUGAGCUACAGAAAUAAUAAUUUAAUCAUUGGUUGCGGAUUAUGUUAGAUAGGAUUUGAUAAUCAAUUUUGUUCUUCAAUAUUUAUAAGAGGUGAUAAAGAAAAUACUUAUUUUGUCAAUAUAAAAUAGAAUUAGCAGCCUUUCAUUCAAAUUUUGUAAAAAUUAAUAAUAAUUGAUCUUCAAAAUAUAAAGGUAGAACUAUUAAACCAAAAUCAGCUUUAUGCUUCUCUUUAUAAUGGGAAUAGCUCUUCUCAAUUAUGUUUAAAACUAUAAUUUGAAGAUAAAGCUGAUUUAUUGUAAUUUAAAAUAUCUGAGCACUAAAUGGCAGAGAUAAAUAUUUUAUUUAAAGAUCUUUAGUUCACUGGUGUUAAAACAUGCUUUCUUCUAUAAAAUAUCUAGAAUGCUUACGAUAUAAAUUUAAAUAUAAUUGAAAGUAAUGAAAAAUAAUAAAUGGCAAAGAUAAAACAUAAAUUAUCUGAAGAAAUAGAAAGAAGAUAAUUUGAAAUUGACUUUGAAAGUAUUUAAGAUUUGAUUGAAAUUAUUCAAUCAUAUUUUUAUCUUCUUUAAAAGAUAGGCAGUAGCUAAAAUAUAGAGCUAAAAUUGAUUGCUCAAGAUAAUAAUAAUGAAAUGAAAAAAAAUAUUUUUGAAUUAAUUAAUAGUGUUAAUUUUAUGAAGGCAAACAUCACACAUUUAUCACUGGAUUUAAAAUUCUUAAAAAAAAACAGCAAACAUUUUAAUAACCAAAAGAAGUUAAUAAAUUUAGAUGUUUAAUUCUAAUAUUAAUAGUAUUCAUAUUAAUUCAAUAUUGAUUAAAAAUAAAUGUUACAAAAUUUCUAAAUUGAAAAAAUUUACAAAGAUUAUCACAGAUUAGUAGCUCUAAAACUUUAUAGUGUCAAUUAUUUGCCAAGUUAUCUCAUUCAAUUCUUUUAAAAAUUUAAAAGGUUAACAUAAUUUAAUUUCACUUCAUUUGGUAAGAAAUAUAUUUACGAUUGUUAUGACUACGGUGAAUACUUGUAUCACGACAAAUAAGCUAAGAUAUUUCAAAAAAUUUAUUAAGAAUAAGGAAAGACUCAUUUUGCUUAUUUAUUUAUUGAUAAUCAUGAUGACAUAUUGUGUAGCUAUACUCGAAGAGAAUAUUGUACAUGUUAAAAUAACAAAAUGCAGAAGCUUUUAAAAAAACCUUUAUAAUUUUAUGAAAACAGAGUUCUUUAUGGUUCAUAAUAUUCAUCUUGGAAUGAUGACUGA